CAAAAGCCAACCAGUGACACUCCUUUAAACCCUCUUCUUCUCUCAGCUGCUGUGGCGAGGGCUCUGUCCGUUGACAUGCCUCCUGUCGCUGCCGGUUAAACGUCUUUAGCUGGGAACAUUUUCAUUAGAGCGGUUUUAAGAGACAUUAAGAGUUUGGACAACAAACGAGGAAGAAUGAGGCUGCCAGUGGAGAUCAGCGUGUUCCUCAUCUCUCUGUUGGCUCCUGGAGUUUUAUUCACUGUAAACAAGAUCCCGGCCUUUCAGGAACCUCUUCCUAUCCUGGGGAUGGGAAUGGUUGUCAUGGGAUCCGUUCUUCUCCUCCUCAUCCUCACUCUGCAGCACAAGACAAAAGUGGACUCUUUAUUCUACGUAUUUGCAGAGUUGUCCUUCUGCUGCAUGCUGGGUCUGACCAACGCUUUAGAGCAGGAUGGGUUCAUCUCUGGAUUUAUGGACUUUUAUCUGAAGACUGGCGAGUCUCACCUCAGUACAGCCUACGCUGUGAUGAUGUCUUACUGGGAGGCUGUGCACCUCAUCCUCUUCCUCACAAUGAUUCACCGCAUGUUUGCAGGGAAGUCUUAUCGAAGGCUGGGCCUGCUGUGGUCGGGGUCCUCCAUCGCCAAUCAGAUCGUCCAUGUUCCAGGAGUGAUCAUUGGGAAGUACGGGUCUAACAUUCGACCAGCCUUUUGGAGGAACGUUCCUUUCUUUUUGGUGCCUUUUUGGGCAGCUUCCCAGCUCUUCAGCAGGCGGAGGGAGAUGCCAGUAAUAACAGCAGACAAGAUAGCCGUGGAGCAGAAGAAAAGUAUUUUGUCUCGACCUGCUGACCUGCUCCUGUCUGUCUUCUUACUGGGAGUUCUGGUUUUCUUUGUUUUCAGAGGUUUGGUUGUUCUAGACUGUCCUCUGGAUGUCUGUUUUACCUACAUCUAUCAGUACGAGCCGUACCUCAAAGACCCGGUCGGCUUUCCCAAAGUUAUGAUGCUGGUGCACUUGUUUUACGCUGUACCCCUGGUCACCAUCCUCCUCUAUGGUCUAAAGACCCCUGGAUGCAGCUGGAUGUUGGACUGGACCAUCUUCUUUGCCGGAGCCAUGGCUCAGACCCAGUGGUGUCAUAUCGGAGCGUCUCUGCACUCCCGCACUCCCUUCACAUACAGAGUCCCCGUAGACAAAAAAUGGGCCGUCAUCGCCCUCAAUGCGCUGCCUGCCAUCGCUCCGGCCCUGCUGGCCCUACGCUGCCACACCAAUCCCGCUUUCUUUAUGAAGCCUGUUCCUGAGGGGCAGACCAACAACGAGAAGAAGAAAAACUAGACCACACAUCAGGCAGCAGCCUCUGAAGGCUGGGAAAAACUCAGCUGAACUGUUUACAGAAUUAAACACGCUAUUUUUCACCCCACAACCUUUAAACCCAGAGGAAAUUUAAAAACUUUGUUCUCCGGGUCAACGUUUUUAAAGCUAACACGGCACUCCCUGCAGGGACUGUUGGACCCUGAUAAGGAUGGAGGAGAGGACUGUGACCAGAUCGGACAGCGUUCAGGUGACUCAUCCAGAUAUACAAUCGUUUCAGAUUUAUAUAUCUAAAAACAGCCAACACAUCACGAAUUCACGAACGCAGGAAUUCACAUCAAAACUCCACUAUUUAUUUUUAGUCGUAUGAAACUGUCAGAGUUAGAGAGAAGAAGUAGCUUUAAGGAACCGUGAGGACGGGAAGUGUUGAGAAUAAAAAGAAAACAGCUUCAAUAAAAUAUAAAAAACUGAAGGCUUUUUUAUUGUCAAUUUUCUAUGACGCACAAAGGAGUGUAGUCAAUCAUUUUGUCCAAAUGUGUGUAUUUAUUUCACAUCAACACUAAAGAGAGAAAACGUCCCAUCAGUGAAGCAGAGACCACGCAGAUGUAACAUGACUCGGGACUGAUUUUACUCUUUGUUUAUAUCUUGUACGAUUAAAAAGUGAACUCUCA